GUAAUUUGAUCGGCGAAGAGUGGUGGGUGCGGAUGGAUUGUAGAAUCUGUAUGGCCACGGGGGACUUGUGGAUGAGACUGGGCGGCGUUGGUGGUGGGGUGGGUGACAUUGGAGGUGGGUUUAGCCACGAGAGUGAGCAUGACUUGGCGGUUAUGGUUAGUGAUUUCUUGGAAAAUGGAAGUAGUGGUGGGACAGAGUCAAGGUGGAGUAGCGACAGCGAUUNCUGUGAAGUCAGAUCAGGAGGUCGAAAAAGACACGAGGAACUCAGAGAACCAGUAGUAAAGUUCCCCUUGGGGAGAGAUUGUAGCUGA